CUCUUGAAACUGAAUGUUAUCGCGCUGGUAUAUAUACUCGUACAUGUUUUGAUUUAGACCAAUUUAAAAUUUUAUCACCAAGUUAAAGAGAGAGCAGUUCUUUCAUGUGAUAUUAGCACUUGAAAGUCAUUUCAUAAAGGCUGAUUUGUGAGAUACUGACUUUGUAGAAAGCUGAAGAUUUCUUUAAAAAAUGUGUGAUAAGUAAUUGGCAGAGUGACAGCAUAGGUUUUAUAAAUAUAUGAUCAUUUAAAAGGAUGUAUAAGAAGAAGCUGUUUCGCUCAGUGUCGGUGCCGAUGGCGGGAAAAUCUACAAGUCAAGAGAGUGAGCAGAGUUUGAUAAGUGUGGAUGGUUCCGAGGAGGACCUGUUCUCAAGUAACUGGAAGUCUGGUGUUGCCUCGGUGAAAACCGGAAGAUCGGCGUCAUUAGAUAGUUUACCGGAAAAUCCAAUGGACGUGACGGAUUUUGAGGCAGUACAGAUGAGGUCAACGAGCCUCAGUAAUGAGGCGGCCAAACAUCGUAUCUCUGUGAAACCAAAGACCAAACGUGUGUCAAAGAAAGUGUCAAUGAGGAAGAGGGAGAGGUCACCAGCAUCGCCCCUGUUACCAGAUGUAAAAGAGGAAUCCCCGACAAAAUCACUGUCAGAUCAAGAACAUAAGGACACUAAUGUUCCCCACAAGACUGUUAUAUCAACCACAAUUCCUGUUGGUCCACAAGCAGACGCAAAUGUUAAUGUCAUUCCAAAAUCGGAACCUAAAGAUAUUCCAAGUCAUCAAGAAGUCACAAGAAGGUCACAUGUCAGAGAUAUGGCAAGGUCAGACCCAAGUGUUAUUCCAGGGUCAGGAUGUCAUAGUGACCAUAAAAGUAGGCCGCGAUCUUUGUCACCAUUGUCGACAAGCCCAGUGUCUAAGUCUAUGCUAAAUGAUGUGAAAUUGCGACCCAGGCCUACUUCAGGAAAGUUUGAUGGUGACGAUGUUAAAAAAGAAGCCGCAAGUAGUGAAAAUGAACUGGCAAAAGCCUUUAACAGGGCAAAGAGAAUUUCUAAAAAGUUUGAUGAAGAGGGUAAUGUAGUAGAAAUGAAUGCCAAGUCAAGUAAUAAGGUUCAAGGGAAAGAAAAGCAGGCAGAAGAAACUAAACCUGUUUUAGUUGCUUCCCCUGUCAAAGACUCACCUGUAUCACCUGUUUCAGGUGUAAGCUUUGUUCUGAAAAAGGAACCGUUGCGACCAGGAAACAAAACAGACAGUUCAAGAAAUAGUGAUAAUGAGCCAAAAGAACUUUCAAAAACUUCAGCCCCAUUGCCAAAGGCCACAAUAACAGACACCCCAAAAUCUGUUAUUAUUAGCACAAGUAGUGUUGAAACAGCAAAAGAAAGCAAGCCAGUUGAGAAAGAAGUUAAAGUAGGUGUAACAGAGGUGUCUCCAAAGCAAGGAUCUCCUGAGAAAUUAGCUUCUCCGAGAGAAGACUAUAAACUUAAAAGAGCUGUUAGAAGUAAAACACUGCCAGUUUCCAAAGAUAUAAUGAACAAAACUGAAGAACCUGAAACCAAAGUAAUGGUAACCAGAUCAGGAAGUCCACCUCUAGGGAAUGUGAAAAGAAAUGACUACGAAAAUGUUGAAAUUGGAGGGAAAGGGCCAACUUUUCAGUCUAAAAGGUCGUCCUGGGCUCCAGCAAGUGCAACUACCGCAAAUGCUAUAGCAGAACCUGCUUGGGUUGUGCGUGCAAGAUUGAAAAAAAUGGAACCGGAUAAAAAAGUAGAAGUGGAUAAACCUGAUACUGCUAAAGAAGUUAAAGUAGAAGUUAAAGGAGCAAGUCAGAGUAAUAGUGUUAAAAAUGAAAAAGCUGAAACUGUUGAUAAAGUAGCAAAUGAACAAAAAUCUGAUAUUCCAAAGGGCACAGUGCAAACAGGUGGUGUAAAGACAUGGGCUCAAAAUUUUAGUGCAAAACCAUUUGAAAAAUCACUAGGAUCUAAGCCAAAUAUUGCUUCUGUAAAACCAAGUGUUCAAUCUGUUAAGCCUCCUGUAACAAAUAUGGAUCAACAAUCUAAAGCAAGUGUUUCAGUAAAUCCAUCAGUUAGUUCUAAUUUUGUUACUUCAGCAAACUCAAAGCCAACUGCAACAGUAUCUGCCAAACCAAAUGUUACAUCUGUUUUAAAACCAACAAUUUCUUCAACUGUUUCUAAACCAAAUUUUUCUUCUCCUGCUAAAACAUCUGUUUCAGGAGCACCAAAACCUACAUUUUCUAAGCCGUCUGUGACGGCCAGUUCAAAGCCAGCUGUGUCAGUCACUUCAGCUUCAAGUGCUGACAAACCUGCCAGUUCAGUUUCUGGAACAUUAAGCUCAGACAAACCAUUUUCUCAAAGUGUUAAAUCUACCACAGCAUUUGGCGGUGUGUCCUCUGCAUCAAGUAACUUUUCAAGGUCUUUUACUGCGAAAUCAGGGACCAGUGUUCAAAAGACAGUUCAAGAUACAAAGUCUGCUUUUCAGUCUUCUGUGAAACCAGUCAGUAUUGCAAGAGCAGAUUCAAAAGACUCUACAAAUAAAUCUAUAUCCAUCAGCAGCAUUAACAAAACAUCCAAUCAAGAUAAUAAAAAAGCUGAUAAUGAUAUGAAGAAUGCAAGUACUGCAACUUCAUCUUUGAAAUCUAGCGGCUCAUUUGAUAAAUCAAAACCAGCACUUAGCAGCGUUGGUGGUUCAAAGCCGGAAACCAGCUCAGCAGUUCCAGCCUGGAAACAAGCUUUGAAUCAGCGGAAACCAGCAACUGUGUCCCCAUCAGUGAAGAUAGAAAUAAUAGACAAAGAUGCAGAAAAACCAGCUCAGAAAAAGGUUGAAGAGAAACCUGCCCCUGUCCAGCUUCGACCAGAAAAAUGCGGAAAUAUGUCUGUGAACAGACCAUCCAAGGUGCUGGAUAUGGUAAAAAGCUUCCAGAAUCUUCAGGUCACGUGAUCAGGAUGUAUAUUAUGUCACAUGACAACAGCCAACCAAUGAGAUCAGUCCAUCAUUGAUGUAUAGACUGAAUUGACCAAUGAAACUGCUUGCAAUUUUACACUUUAUGAAGAAUCUAUUUCUACAUUCAGUAUUUAUUUGAUGUGGGUUUUCUUAUAGACAUAAUACAGCAUGGUUUAUAACAUGCAUUUAGAAUGUUUUUUUGCCAUUGUCAGACAGGCUUUUUUUACAUUCAGUAGCUUUAUUUCUGCAUAAUCUAUUUCUAAAUCAUCAUGAAAUAUUUUUGCAUUUGUAUGAUUACAACAGUUACAACGUAUAUACAUAAGAAUGACCAGUUGUUUUAAAUUUAAUUACUUUUUUUCCAAAGCUUUUUUUUUUUAGAUGUUCCAACUUUUUUUAAGUGUUUGAUUUGUAUACACCUAACUAUUUUUCAAUAUAAGAUGUAAUUGCAAAUUUUACAUUUAGAUAAAAGGCUGUGAAAGUUAUGUUUUCCUGACUUAAGAAAAAGUAAAAUUUUGAUGUAGCAUAAUUUUCAAUUCAUUCCUGUGUAGAAUGUCAAAUUUUACUAAUCAAUAGUGGUAGUGUGUUCAUUGAAUUCAAAGUCAUAAAUUAUUUUUUUUGAAAAACUAGCACUUAUAGUAUUGGGUGUUCAAUUUUAGAUUUAAUUUUAAAGAUGAUAAGGGUGUCCCUGUCUUAUUGAAAAUACUAGGUCCAUUACAGCCUUAAUUGUUAGUAUAGAAAUUUAUUGGAAUAUGAAAUAUAGGAAACAAAAUGUUAUGAAAUUAUGAUAAGACAUAUAGAUUUAUAUUUUUCCUUAUCCACAUAACUUACAUGUUAACGAAUAUGCAUUUUUAAAAAUGAGCAUGUAUACAUGUGUUUAUUCAAUAGGCUUUCAUUGAAUAUGUACUGUGUACUAUGUACAUACGUAAGAAAUUGCCUGUACAUCAUAAUAUCUCGUGUGUAAAUAAUGUACAUUCUGUAGAGAAUUGUAUAAUAAUAAAUGUAUUAUAUUGUACUGUAUAAAAAAAGAGGGGAUUUUUACAACAGCUCUCGGAUGGAGUGUUGAUUUAUGUAUAUAGAAGUGGCUUUAUGAUUUCAUAAGUAAUUUGAGUAUAUCUUUAUGUACAUAUAUAUGUAUAUGAGAAAAGGCAUUAUGAAUCCAUUAUCUGUUGGCGACACUAGAUGUACAUAAAACACUGACAGUAUAUCACUUGAAAUGCACAUGUCCACAGUUUGGUGCGCAACAAUUGAAAUAAGAGUUGCAACAAGUACAAUAAGAGUUGCACUACAGAGAUAUUCUAAGAAAGACAAUUUCUGUAUGUUAAGUUUGGAUCUUUUUUUUAUGAAAUAGAAGUUAAAGUUUAUAAAGCUGUAUGAAAAGAAAUGAGGGUUUUAAUGGUUUUGGGAUGAUUUUUUGUAACAGCGCAAUUUGCUUUGAAGGAAAUAUACAUUAAAUAUAUAUUUCUUCAUACAGGUUAUAGGAAGUAUACCUUAUUCAUAAUUAAAACAAUAUUAUUUUUUAAUUUCCUUGCAGCAGAUAUAUAGCUUUAUACACUUAAAAAUGAAAGAAAAUCUUAGAAUGGGCCAAAUACUUUAAAUGACAUGCUUAAAAGAUGUAUUUAUUAUAUUAUAUUACCAGUGCUUACCUCAGCUUCUUAAGGCAUUUUCAUGAUGAAUAUUUAAUACAUGUAUUUACUAUUUGAUCAAUUGUCGAAAAAUGAAUUUCUUAUACCUGUCUGUUGUCUGAUUGUAGUCUAAACAAAAAAAUUACAUCUUGUAUAUGUGGAUGAAUUUGAAGAAUAUUGGUCAUGGAUUCAAGGUUCUGAUUGGUUGAUGUCAAAGUUUGUAUGCAAAAUUGACCAAUCACUGCUCUGUUAACAUAAGGCCAUAACUUUAAAUAUUUGACAAAUGGAUGGCAAGCUAUCAUACACAUUUAAUCUUUAGAAAAAUUGAAUGUUGUCCAUUUAACCAAUGAGAAGCAUGCUCUUAUUUUUAGAAAUUAAGCAUUCCUAUACUGGACCAAUAAGAAUCAUUGAUUUGUGAAUUUGACCAAUUAGAAGCAGGCUAACAGAUUUUCUUAGAAAAAUAUUAUCCAUACAUUAGACCAAUGAAAAUCAAGUAUCUGUUUAUUUGACCAACAAGAAGAAAGCUUGUGAACAUAUAAAGAAAUUAGUUAGGUUCUGGACCAAUGAGAAUAAAGUUUACAUAUGUUUGACAAACUUUGGUUGUUAAUUAUCAUAUUACCCUGCAAGCAGAUUUGAUAUGCAUCUAACUUGCAUGUUUAAUUUAACUUGAUAUUUUUGCAUAAACAUAUAUAUUUUUUACAAUUAUUUGAUCUCUUAUGUAAUAAUUUUAAGCAAAAUAUGGUGAUAGAGGCUUUUUAUGGGCUAAAAGGGUGAUUAUUUCUAGCUUUCUUAAAGCCCAGAGGUUGGAAACCAAAUGAUUUUGUCUCCAGAUGUGAAAUGUCUUACUGUUUCCACAGGGUUUAUAAGCAAGUGGUCUCAUAACAAAAAUUAUUAUAAGAAACUGUUGAAAUAUAAAGCAGGUAAUUUAUGUAAUUUUUGUGAAAAAUAUUUCAUUUCCUAAAAUAGCUGUUUUUGAUCUUUAUACGUAAUAGUGCUGUUCUUUGUACUAUGAAAUGCUGACAUCAUGCUUUGAAUUUAGAUGUGUACUUCGUUAGUUGAAAGGAUUUCUGAUUUUCAGAAACUAUUUGGUCACUUUAGUGAAGUAAUAGGUUAACUCCUAUUAAAUUAUAUAAGAUGUUAAAUCGUUACUGGACUAAGGUGACGAUCUGUUAUAUAAUACUGCAGUCAUAAAUAUUAAAAAAUCAACACUUUCUGGAUGUUCAUUUUACAUGUUAAAUGCUACCUGAUGAAAUAUAGACUUUUAUCAGUAGUAAGAUAUAUAUCAUAUCAUUCACUGCAAUGUCUCUAAAUGUGGAUAAAUAUGUGUUUUGUAUUAAGAAAAUUGUAUAAUUAUUUAAUGACAAUAGUGGCAUUAAGAAAAAGCAUUUUGCUGUAUUUCACUUGUACAAUUAAGUGCUCAGGUUUGUGUGAAAAAUGUUUCUAUUUCAAUGAGAUAUAUUCAAUAUUCCAUUGAGAACAAAUAAAUAUUCUCUAUAUACACUUACCUAUCUAAACACACAUAUUUAAACAUGAAAGUGGCUGAAGUUUUCAUUAUCUGUGAACUAUAUUUCAAAGGAAUAAAAGCCCACAAAACAUAUUUGUGAAAAAAAAUGUGCUGCCAAGAGAAAAUGGUCCUCGUGCACAGUGAUGUUAUGCAGUUGUUGUUUUGUAGUAUAUACAUUAAAUCUUGUUUGCUGUUUUUUCAUCUCUUAAAGUUAUACAAAGAAGCCAAAAAAAGAAAAACAACACCUUGAUAUGCAUUUUGGAAUAUAUCCGCAAUAAAUGUUCAGUAGUAAAAUGCAGACCUUUAAAAAAAACAACAACAGCAAAAAAUGAUAAAAAAUACUAUGCUUGAUUAAAAGAAAAUAUUUUAAAGUUUUUAUAAACGAAACAUUCUUCAUGUACAGAGUAUUUAAAACAUUGAAUAGUAUUGAAAUUUUCCUAAUUGGGUUGUCACAGUUCAUUCAAUUAUGCACAAUGAUUUAAAUGUAUUAUAAUAUUCACAUUUUUCGAAUACAUUCCAAUCCUAGAGGGAUCAGUAAAAUCAAAUAUUUUUUAUUCGGGCCCAUUUUUUUUCUUUUUUUCAGUGUACCGCUUUAUAUAUUUUGACCCAAUAUUUAUCAAUAUUGCAAAAGCCAGUACAGAUUUUGAUUUAUUUACUAAAGUUGCUUGCGUUUCGAAAUAUUUUCUUUUAUUUAUUUCAAUAGCUUUCUUUCAAACCUUUUUGGCUUUUAUUAGAGUUGACUUAGCCAAUUUAUUAUCCUUGCCUUACAUUUUUUGGCAUUUCUGUCAAUUUUAUAGUUUUAAAAGAUAAAUUAUGUGUUUGUUUUCAGUAGUGUUACUUUUAUCAGUGAUUUUUUGUGUUUAUAUUUCUUGUUGUUACAGUUGGGAUGAUGUAUAUUGACACAAAUUUUACUAAAUGUUUACCAUUAAUGAUAUAUUUCACAUAUUAAAACAUUUAUGCUGA